CCUCCCUUUCCCUUUAAAAGUGUCCUUCUGAACCUCGAAGUGGCUCCGAAGUGGUGUUGUGACUCCCGGCCCGCAGCGGAUCCGGAGCGUGGAGCGUCUGCAGCGGGAGGAGUAGGCGGCGGAUCCGCUGUCACACCGCAGAGACCCAAGACGGGUCGGGUGAAAAAGAUGGUUCGAUUGGCGGUAGAACUGUUGUUGCUUUUAGGACUUUUACUUCUUACUUUACAUAUCACGGUGUUACGGAGCAGCCCGUCGCACCAAGGGAAUUUAACUUUGAGCCAGGAUCAGCAGUAUACAGUGAUUGCAGAGAAUAAUGUCAGAGCAGAGAGCAGUUUGUUAGCCCAGCAGGGUCCAGGGAAGCGGAGAGGACCAGAGCCCCAGUCAGCCCAGCAGCCUGCUGCCCUCCCCUGGGCCCCGAGUCAGGCUACUGGAGGCAGCCUGCAGAGAGACGGGCCUGGGGCCUUCCUCCUUGACCUCCACAACUUCCCUGAUCUCUCCAAGGCUGAUAUAAACAGACAGAACCCCAAUAUACAGGUGACCAUAGAGGUGGUGGACGAUCUAGAAGGGGCGGAGCAUGAGAACGGCCUGAAGAAGGAGAACAAACCAGGUUUGGCCGCUCCCAACUGGAGAAACUGGUGGCAAACCACCACCUCCUCUUCAUCCUCCUCUUCUUCUUCGGUCUUGACCCCACGUCGACCCAAGGAGCAGGCUAGGGAGCUGCAGCCCACCUACAGAGGAGGAGUAGAAAGUGGCAGUAACACAGAGAAUAGUAACUUCCUAAAACCACUAGGGGACUGGGAGAGGAGAGGAGGCGCAGGAAGUGCCAGCAAGGCUCAGGCUGAAUAUGACUAUAUCGACGGUGGCUGGAGUAACUGGUCUCCAUGCAGUGUAACCUGUGGGAACGGGAACCAGAAGAGGACCAGGUCAUGUGGUUACGCCUGCAGCGCUACCGAGUCACGCACCUGUGACAUGCCACCCUGCCCAGGUAUUGAAGAUGCAUUCAAGACAGCUGCCACUGAGGUCAGUCUGCUGGCUGGAACAGAUGAGUUCAACGCUACAGAGCUCUUUGGAGUCGACACAGACAGCUGUGAACGCUGGAUGAACUGUAAGUCUGAGUUCCUGAAGAAAUACAUGACCAAAGUCUCCAACGACCUCCCUAGCUGCCCUUGCUCCUACCCUACCGAGGUGGCCUACAGCACGGCCGACGUCCCCGACCCCGCCACACGCCGGGGCUUCCGCUGGAAAGACGCCAGCGGCCCCAAGGAGAAGCUAGAGAUCUACAAACCCACGGCUCGGUACUGCAUCCGCUCCAUGUUAACUCUAGAGUCCACUACUCUGGCCGCACAGCACUGCUGCUACAAUGACAACAUGAAGCUCAUCACCCGGGGAAAAGGAGUUGGAACACCCAACCUCAUCAGCAAUGAGUUCUCUGCUGACCUUCACUACAAGGUAGACAUCUUGCCCUGGAUCAUCUGUAAAGGGGACUGGAGUCGCUAUAACCAGGUCAGGCCUCCUAACAAUGGGCAGAAGUGUCCAGACAACCCCCUGGAUGAGGAUUACCUCAAACAAGUUGAGGAGGCAUUGGAGUUUUAGAACUGGAGAGAUGAAUAUAUGAAAAAGGAAAAAAAAAAAAAAAAACGUUAAAUGAAAUAUUUGUAUGAAUGUGAUACUUCAAUUGCUGCUUCAAACCAUCCAAGGCUAGAGUCCAAAUGAACAGGACUGUCUGUUGAUAUCAGCCAACGUGAUAAAGAGACAACGUAUCGCUCACAUGGACACAUUGUCCUCAACAGAGACUAUGGACUCUAUUUGAAUAAAACCUAAAUCUAAGCACUGGCGGUUCGGGGGCGUCAGAAAUAUUUUUGCUAUUUUCAUAACCAGAAUUAUUGUCUCAGUGUCUCUGUGAUCUGGUCCCAAUCUGGUCCCAAUAACACGCUCUGCUCUGUGAUCUGGUCCCAAUCUGGUACCAAUAACAAAAACCUUAAUUAUUGGCAUUCCUCAAUCAAACCUUAAUUAUUGGCAUUCCUCAAUCAAACCUUAAUUAUUGGCAUUCCUCAAUCAAUACCCCUUACAGCACUUACGAGAAGAGCCAGGUGACACUAUAUAUACAAAAGGUGGUGGUGCAUAAGGGCUGGGUUUAUUGUCUCAGUAGCAGGCGGUGGUGC